CCGACGCGCCGCGCGGUCACUCGCCGUGUUACGAACUGUCAAAAUAUAAUUAGGCCGGCAAUAAAUUUAAUAAAGUUGAAAAAAUGUUAUGAACUCCUGAAAGUUUUCGGUAACUCUGUUCAGUGGUGGAAAACUUUUACAGUGUUAAGUGAAAAAGUACAGUAUUUGAAGUUUGAAUAAGUUGUGACUUUUUUUUACAAGUUGAGGCAUUAUGUGUGUGUGGCGAACUAUAGUGUGUGUGCACUGAGCGAUGGGGCCACGAGUGUCGGGUGGCAUGGAGGUCGUCCUGUCGACGGCGAGCCGCGUCUUCGUGGCCUUCGUCGCCACGGCCUUUUGGGGAAUGGGUGUCCGAGGCCUCCACAACUUAGAGAUAAACGUGCCAAACGCUGUGCUAGUCGGGGAGACAGUGACGCUGGAGUGCUCCUGGCAGCUGGAGGACGAGGAGGCUCUAUACAGCGUGAAGUGGUACAGGGGGAGGGAGGAGUUCUACAGGUAUAUACCGAAGGAGCUCCCACAUACGAGAGUGUUCCCGCUGCCCGGGAUAGAGGUUGAUAUAUCGCGGUCGGGCGCGCGGCGCGUGGUACUACAGGACGCGACGCCGGCGCUGGCGGGGCGGUUUCGCUGCGAGGUGUCCGCCGACGCGCCGACCUUCCACACAGAGAUACGCUCCGCGCCGCUAGAGGUCGCCGAGCCGCCUGAUUGGGCGCCGAAGCUGGUGUCGGACCGGUCGUGGUACGGCGUGGGCUCGACGCUCCGGGCCACCUGCGCCGCGCCGCCCUCGCACCCGCCCGCCAAUCUCACAUUCGCUCUUAACGGUCAUGAGAUCGACAUCGAAUAUUUCGGCCACGAGCUGCCCGAGUGGUUCAAGUGGGAUCCGCCGCCGAGACCCGACACCACCACAACGGAGCAAGCGGAGGAAGACUUCAACAUAUUCCACGAGGACAACAACAUCCAGUAUCUAGACGAGACGUACAUCAACACGCACAGGGACGAGAUCAGGCGGCCGUCGAAGGACGUGAAGGCCGAGGAUCGGGACUCCGGCAACCGGGAGGUCUCUGUGGGGGAAGUGUCGUUCGUGGUGCGCCACGAGGCGUUCGAGCGAGGCAGCCUUCGGUUGACGUGUAUAGCCAGCAUAUACAACCUGUACGCGGCGCGCGCUGAACUCAUCUUCGAUAUGGAGCAGCCCGAAGUUGCGUCUGUGCUCGGCGUCCGCAAUUCCGCACACGGCGUAAGCAGUGACCAUCUAUGUGCAGCAGUGGUACUAUUCUUGUAUAGAAUACGGUAGUUCAUUACAAUAUUUUAUGUCAUUGUAAAUAACUCAUUUCGUUGUUUGAAACACUUACUUUCUUAGUCCUUACUGAUAAAAAUAUAAACGUAAAGGUCAAGGUCUGUUGUCUUUGUACUUUAAGAAACUUUUCCAAUGUACCAGAAAAAAUCAUAUACAAACAAAGUGUUAGGGAUUUGAUCGUGGAUUUUUAAUCUAUUGCAUAGAUUUAUCGCGGGCUUUGAGCACAGUGACCGAAUCAAAAAAUUCUCUAACGAAAAAACCUAACACCCCCACUUCGACCGGCAAACGCGUGCGACUAGACUUAUGCUAAUUAUAAUGGCAUAAAUUGAUAAAAAAUGCUAUGCAAAAGUUUUACCGCGGCAGUCCUCGAGUGCCACACUUUUUUUUAUUCCUGGCGUUUCAUGUACCUUCCAGUAGUUCUUGGCCAAUCACCGUAUCCGUUCCGUAAUCAUAGCCGCUAGAAAUAGGCUGAGACAGGCAAUAGGCAGACGGGAAAAAGAGCACCAAGACAAAAUCCUUAACGGCCUCAUUAAUAAGAGUCUCUGGUCUUGU